AUGUCCUCUCCUGCGAGCCCGCGUCGAAAUCCUCCUGCUCGGGGAUCCACCAAGUCCACCCCGGCGAAGACGAAGCCCCUAGACAUUGGGAAGCCCCUUGGCAUCUAUGAUACCGCCUCUGUUCGCGAGAAGGUCCGGCUAUGGCAACAGAAGGGAGGCGGUGUAGUCACCGCCAACGACAUAUAUGUCGAGGAUGAUGGAGAUGAGGGGAACUCAUCCUCCCAUGACAAGUCCGGAAAGGAUCCCGAACCCCGCCGACAGGCCACGCAUGUUGAGGGUACCAACACGCGGAAAAGAAGCAGCAGCACCCCGAGGAAGCGCGUGGUGAGUGACGAGCAUUGGCGAAAAGAGCGCAGUCCGCCCAGGACUCCCCCGGCCAAGGUCCCUCCACCGAAGCGCAUCACCGUCUACAAGGUCAAUGAUCACUUCAACAACACCUCUUCUUCUACCUCCUCCGCUGCCGAGAAGAAGGACGCCAGAAAAGAUGAAGGACCCCGUCCAGCCAUAUUCUCCCAACUUGCAGAGGAUGGAAUCAAUGUCUAUCCCACACCGUCGGCUCGGAGGCGGCCGAGAACCCCAAAGACCGCAAAGGAGAAAGCCAGUCCUAAUGAGAAUUCCAACGUCGAAAGAGAUAAUAAAAAGAAUGGAUCGGCAUCGGUAGCCUCAUCAUCCUCACCGCCUUCUAAGGCAGCUUCUGCCAAGCAGCCCGAAGAGAGUCAAGCCGAUGUGACAGGGGGUAUGAGGCGCGCAACUCCACCACCGAAAGAUGAUGACGGCUGGGCAGCGAGUGAGGCGGACUUCUCGGAGCUGUCUCGAAGGAGACGGCGGGGACACACUGAGUCGCGGAGUGUUCGAAAGCCUCCCAAGGGAGGCAUUUUUGGGCAUAUGCUGGAUGAGUCCAAAAAGAUGUUCGCGAAGCCUGCUCCUCCCCCUGCUCCAGCCGACCGUGGCGAUAAGAUCACGGCUUGGUUGUCUUCCACUCCCGAUCCUUUUAUGGAGAACAAUGAUGACACAUCUACCGUCGAGACGCCUGCACCCUUGAGCUCGAGAUCGAAGACAACACGGCAUUCUCCCCGACAUUCGCCUCGACAUUCGCCCCGACAUUCAUCGGGAUCCAGAGCUGCAGAAGAUCUCAGCGAACACUCAGAUGGUUGGCACGGCAGCGGCCCUCAAAGGAGGAAAAGCGUUAGAGACAGCACUGCAAGGCGUCGAUCACAUGAUUCUGCUGCAGCUGGUGAUAGAAGACUGUCGCGGUCUCCAUCUCCCUUAUCGGAGGAGGGUGCCAAAUCCAGCGACAAUAGAAAGGACAAGGAGCAGGAGCAGCCUUCACAAUCCCAUUUGAAAAGAACAGGAACACAUAAGCGUGCCAAAUCGUCCCCAGAGAAACAGCCCCUUACGCCAACUAGACAUCGAGUGGAGGAAAUCCUAGUAUCAGAGUGCGAGUUCCCUCCCCCCUCCUCCGAGGGUUCAGAGGUCUCUGCCAGUGACGCGUCUUUCCCACUAAGGCUGAAACGGCCUUUCCCAAGCACUGGAAUGCAUCGACUCUCUACUAUCGCAUCGGAGGAAACGCUGAGUACAAAGGAUGAGAAACAGUCAUUAAGCAGCAAACGAGAGGAAUCAUCCAAUAUUCAAGCUUCCACCUCCAAGCCUGAUGAUGGGGCGCCUUCCGAAGCAGAAGAGCGAGAUCGGGUUGAUCCCAACUCGCUUCCUGGCGAGGCUCCUGGACUCAAGCGGCGAUUGACGAAACACUCCGAUCUGAUGUCGGCUUUAUCCAACCCUAAUUCUGGCAGAAAAAGCAUCCGGUCAGCCAGGAGAGUCAGAAGUAAUAGAAGUCGUUUAGAAAGUGCAACAAUUAGCGACUUGAUGCAGCAACUCUCCGCUGAUGAGACGAAAUACAUGCGUGAACUCAGAACUUUAGUCGGAGGUGUUAUCCCCGUGCUGCUGACCUGCGUUCUUUCCCGAUCUGAUUCUGCUAUUGCUGCAGGCCUCUUUCGGCCCUCAUUGGAUCCUAAAGAUGAUAUCAACUUUACCAGACCCAUUGUGGACAUGGGCGUUGCCCUCGAGCGUCUCAAAACGCUGCAUAAGCGAAUCCCCUUGGAUGACUCGGAUGCCCUGCUAACCUGGGCCCAAGGGGCGCUGAGAGUCUAUCGAGACUAUCUUAAGGCCUGGAGAAUGGGCUUCCAAGAUGUGGUUGUCAACCUAGCUCCUCCAGAUGAAAGUGAGACAGCGGCUGCUGAGACGCAAAGUCUGGACCAAGGGAUGGCGAGAGACGAAAACGGGGACAUCGUCGACAGUAACGGCGAAAAGGUGGACGUCGCAUACCUGCUCAAGAGACCUCUGGUCCGCUUGAAAUACCUUUCAAGGACCUUUAAAGGACUGGACAUGUUGGCACAUUCCCCGAAGACAGAGGAAAUUGCGGUCGCCUACCAAGAACUGGUAGAGCAAGCCCGCCGUCGUGCACGUGAGGAACGAGCGAGGCUCGAGGACGAGGCGGCUGCGCGUAUCGAUCCCACGCGUGCUCGGGACCCAGCGACGCUGGCUGUGCUCACCGGUGUGUCAAUCGACCAGACCCGACGGGUGCUUGCUCGUGACUUUUUCAAUCUGUCGUUGUACCAUUCGAGCGGCCAGAUGGUCGACUGUCGAGCAGAGCUACUACUCAGAGAUAAUGCCCCUGGUGCAGGGCCCGGCGGUGAUCUUUUGAUCUGUGAAAUCGACAAGGUAGAUCGCUGGCUGCUAUUCCCGCCAAUAGAAACCGACUCUGUGUCCGCACGAAGCGGCGAUGAGAAGGGAGAAAUAGUGGUUAUGAUACGUGGCCAGUCCGGGGAGGAUAGAAAAUGGCAGGAAUUGCUGUCGCUCAAAAUCGACGAUGAAGCCAUCGCGCUUGAAUGGGUGCAAAUGCUGGGACAGGACCCUAUUCCACCGGCUAUAAACAGAACACAAAGCUUCAUCAAUCGUUUGAAGGACCACCAAAGAGAAUCCAUUGGUCAAAAGGACACCGUGCAGUCAUCAGCGUCAAAUAAGCCUCAAGAACCGAGCCCCAAUGAGGUUGAUGUACCUAUAGGAGAGCAGGCAAGCGUAGUCAGUCGUGCUGGGAGAAGCUCCACGUCACACGAGGGGCAAAGUUCUGGACCAAGCAUGCUAAGCCUGUCUUCUGCUGGCGCGUCUCGCAGUUCCUUGGUUUCUGCCAUCACAAGGGAGUCCGACUAUGCCUCAAUCGGGCCAGAAUCGUCUGCUAAGUCUCCGUCCCAUGCUUGUACUUCUGGACCACCUCCCAGAGAGCCUGACGACGACGUGAUUAUACCGCUUGGUGAAAAGGCUUCGCCGGGCCUGAAGAGAUCUAAGGCCAAGAGACGCUCCCGACAUGCAGGAGACCUUUCUCCUGUUGGCAGUCAAACAAAGAGUUCCCCUAUUCCUGAUCGAGAGGCUCCAUCGCCGACAACUCCAAGGUCUGAUCGCGACCAUGAUGAAACGAAGCGGAUACCUCAGUCCCAGCAUGGGCGAUCUCCAAACAAUCGUCCUCCAAGAGAUCAGACCCCUGAGGAGGCACAGGAGAAGCCCGGCUACCACCAGCGUGUGUCUUCUGUCCCCUCAAUGGACCUGCCAACUAUCAAAAAGAUCAGAAAAGGUAGCCAGAACAAUGCGCCUCUACAUACUGAUGCCGAUGAAGAGGAUUGGCCGGAUUCCAAGUCGCCAUCUGGUCACUCAAAAGAGGAGGAUGGGCCAGAAACUCCUCCAGUCCCACCUCCCCAUCGAUCUCCCAGCCCAGCAUACUUGAAGCAGCAGAACAUUCCAAUUCUCAGUCCAACUUUUGGUCGACUGAAGAGGAGAUCUUCGUCUCCGUUGAAACACGAAUAUGAACCUUCGACCCCCUCCGAGUCGUCUUCCGACUCCGAUACGUCUACUGUGCGCCAUUAUGACAUGGAGUCGUCGUCGUCUUCGGAAACAUCUGAAGACGAAUUGGGGGAGGAGGAUGAUGUGCCAACGCCCCUUCCUUCCGCUGAGACCGACCAGCUUCCAAAGCCUUCCCCGCCGGCUUCUCUCCCGACUCUCGAUAGUGACUCCUUGUCUCCAUCAAAUUCCGUGUCUCAAGGGCCUUAUCGUACUGUUCCUCCCCAGCCGUCGAAGUCGUCCAAGGCUAUUGCUUCGAUAUUUUCAUGGUCUGAAAAAGGAAACUGGGAGAGCCUCUAUCCGGAUGAGUGCAGAAUCGUCGUCAGCCCUGGACUCAUUGAGGCGUAUGAGAUGACUGCUGGGUCGCAGUCGUCUGGGCAGCAAGCGGAUGGCAAUGACGAUGACGGUGAUGAUGCGCGCAAAGAGCAGCCUCUUAUCGCUCUGGAACUUACGCCAUUGGUCCCAAUUCGGCGGGGAACGGCGAUCGAUAUCAGCAUCCGUUCACCUCCAACCGAAAGAUCGAAGAUCAAGUCAAGCAACAAUAUUAUGUUUCGAUCGCGCAAUAUGGAAGAGUGCGAGGUUUUGUACGGUCUAAUCAACCAGGCACGCAUCAACAACCCGACAUACAUCGCUCUCCAAAACGCCCGAGGACCAUAUGCAGGCCAACCACCGUCGCUUGAGCGGCACAAUUCAACGCAUUCUGAGAAGAGAACUAGCUGGUUUGGCUUUCCUAGACGGAAAAACAGUUACCGAGCACCCAGCAAGCGUGAACAGUCGGUAGGAGUUGCAUCGGAGAGUAGUGUGGGGACCAUGAGCAGUGCAUUUUCGGCCCUGAAACGGUUUGGCGCUGGCAAGAUGUUCAGCAUUGCCCGAUCUACCAUCACGUCUCGGACAGGGGGAAGUCGUGAUGGGAGCCUUUAUUCGAGUUCUCUCGGUUCUGGGUCCCGUUCUGUCGGAGGAGCCUUUGCGGAAGCUAUCAAGGGUGCGGACGGGAUUGGCUUGUCCAAUGCGAAGAUCCGGCUUUAUGUCCGUGAAAGUGUGUCGAAAUGGCGUGAUCUGGGAGCAGCUCGAUUGACCAUCAUGCCUGCGACGCCAAGAUCCUCUCGCCCUGGCACAGCGGGGAGCGUUGCUGCUCCUGCUGAUGCCAAUGCCAAUGCCGCAGCAGGUGAAACAGGGGAGGGUGAUGCACCAGUGGCAGAGGCCGCCGCUACUCCGGCCGCUGCAUCACCACGUCGUGUCGCUAUACCACAGGAAAAACGGAUUCUGAUCCGGGGAAAGACGCGGGGAGAGGUCUUGCUCGAUGCUACUCUGGGCGAGAGCUCAUUUGAGCGCGUGGCCAGAACGGGCAUUGCAGUCUCGGUCUGGGAAGAGAAUGAAGGCGGUGCAGUCAGCAAGGAGGGCGGUGUCACCGGCGGCUCGUUCCGAGUAUAUAUGAUCCAGAUGAAGAGCGAGGCCGAGGCAGCUUAUACGUUUUCACUGGUAGGAAAGCUGCGGUAUUAA